AUGGAGAUAGCGCUAGCAAUGGAGAGCGCUGAGAGGGAUUUGCAGGCUUUGCAGAGUGUGCAACAUGGAACUGUUCUGCAGUUAGGGCAGGAACCUGCCGCCGAGUGUGGCGCGAAGAUCAGGGAGGCUAUCGCGAACUUCAAGACAAACCGAAUCCACGCUGAAGUACACCUGCAGCCACAGGCUUUGUCGAUUGAGCAAGAGUUUAACACUCAGUCCCAGUUCCACACCUUUGUGGCUUUAGCCAACGGUGCUUUCUGUAACAUUUCAAACAGUUCCUCUCCGCCAAACGGGCUUGUAUUUUGUCUCCAGAUAUUUGUAAUUAACAUUCUUGUUGUUGCCGCGCAGCGCCACGUUGGCCGCUCAAAGCGCUAUGUGAGUUGUGCAGGUUUGUUGCAGGUCGAAACCGGGGUCAAUUCGCCCUUUACCGUCUGGCGCUUUCUUCAGCGACCCUGCCCCAACCUGGGUGAUGCCCACAGAAGGGGAUUGGGGCACCAGGAGUUCUCUAAAACCAGAAGUAAACGUGAUUAUGUGGCAAAUUCGGGCUGGAUUAUGAACUCUGCUGCUGCUUUACAUGCCAGCUCCCCUCAGCUCCGUCCCAAAGCAGGGCAGCAAGCCUCCGACAUGUCAGUCUACUGCGAGAACUUCAACAGGUACCACCACCAGCAGAGCCUGCACCCCUCGCCCAGGCCGGCCAACUACCCGCUGGGGGAGUACCACGGGGCGGCCAACCCUUACCUGUGGCUCAACGGACCGGGGGUCAGCGGCUCGCCGCCUUACCUGGGCGGCAACAACCCGGGCCCCUUCGCCGGCCCUUCCUACGGCGGCCAGAAGCAGUUCCUGGGCGGCUCCUCGGGUUUCGGCGGGGGCGAGCUCGCCUGGCUCUCCAUCAGCAGCCAAGAGGAGCUGCUCAAGCUGGUCAGGCCCCCUUACUCCUACUCUGCCCUCAUUGCCAUGGCGAUUCAGAACGCCCCGGACAAGAAGCUGACCCUGAGCCAGAUCUACCAGUACGUGGCCGAGAACUUCCCCUUCUACAAGAAGAGCAAGGCGGGCUGGCAGAACUCCAUCCGGCACAACCUCUCCUUGAACGACUGCUUCAAGAAGGUGCCCAGGGACGAGGACGAUCCAGGGAAAGGGAAUUACUGGACCCUCGACCCCAACUGCGAAAAGAUGUUCGACAAUGGUAACUUUCGCAGGAAGAGGAAGCGGAGAACUGACUCCAACCCGGGCCUCGGGGGGUCGCUCAUUGCCAAAAUCCAGGACAGUCCAGGGCCUCCCGGCCUGAAGAUGACCGACAGCCCGCCGCUGUUGCUCGAAGCCACCUCGCCGGAGCCGGAACACUCCCGGGGCUCCACCGACGACCCGAAACCUUCCACGCCCUCGUCCAGCCCUUGUCUGAACAGUUUCUUCAGCAGCAUGACAGCCAUCGGCAGUGGUCCCAUCAGCAGACAAGUGUCAAUGGGACUUGCCAAUGACUUACUCCAGAGGAAUGUGUCCGGACUCGGUUCCUAUUCCUCCAACAGUAGCUUGUCCUCGCAGGAAGCCACCGAGCUGACGGACGCCUUUCACUUAAAUCGCGCGGGUUAUUACAACUCUUUCUCGGGGGGGCAGACAAACCAGUUCAACAGUCACUUCUACAACAGCUUCAGCGUCAACAGUUUGAUUUAUCCCCGGGAAGGCACGGAGGUCUGA